UGUCGGGAGAGACGUGGGAUUGGACUGGAGACGAAUCCAUCUGUAUGCAGUUCACAGCGCUUCCGUCUGUCGGAGUAUCCUGCCGUUUCCUUCAGAAACUUGGAAACUGCACGCGAUGGAUGAAUGCUAAAAGCGCCUCAUACCCCCUCCUUUUUUGCUUUUCCUUUAUAUUCUCCUUUCCUUAAAGGCGUUUCAAACGUCUCUGUCUCGGGGAAACUAUAGCGCUUUAUAUUUGAGAAGCAUCAUCAUGAGCGUACUGCCCCCUGUACGGAAAGACCGCAUAAUCGGCCAGCUUCCUAAGUGCUUCAACAGAGGUGCUGCUUUGAACACAGACGAUGAAUUCCACAGCAAGGUGAAGACAGCCUGUCAGCAGCAGAGGACAGGAACUGUGGGUAGGUUUAAGAUCUCCAAGGUCAUUGUAGUGGGUGAUCUGGCAGUGGGGAAAACCUGUUUGAUUAAUAGAUUUUGUAAAGAUGUCUUUGACAAAAAUUACAAGGCCACCAUUGGUGUGGACUUUGAAAUGGAGAGGUUUGAAGUUCUUGGGGUCCCUUUCAGUUUACAGCUGUGGGACACUGCAGGACAGGAGAGAUUUAAAUGCAUUGCCUCAACAUACUACAGAGGAGCUCAAGCUGUAAUCAUUGUGUUUGAUUUGACUGAUGUGGCUUCACUGGAGCAUACAAGGCAAUGGCUGGAGGACGCAAUGAAAGAGAAUGAUCCUACCAGUGUAUUACUCUUCUUGGUUGGCACAAAGAAAGAUCUGAGUUCUCCUGCACAGUAUACACUAAUUGAGCAGGACGCCAUUAAACUGGCAGAUCAGAUGAAAGCAGAGUACUGGGCUUUGUCAGCCUUGUCUGGGGAGAAUGUGAGAGAGUUCUUCUUCAGAGUGGCAUCUUUAACAUUUGAGGCCAAUGUACUGGCAGAACUGGAGAAAAGUGGAUCCAGACGUAUUGGGGAAGUUGUUCAAAUCAACAGCAACUCAAAUAACCUGUAUGCAACUUCCAAGAAGAAACAGACCAACUGUUGUCAGUAAAGACUGGCCAUGUAAAAAUGCAAUCAUUUGCACCAACAUAUAAUG